CACAGAUCUUUUUGUCCUCUUUAAAUAGUCAUAAUUUCUCCUGUUCAUAUAUUUCUUAAUGAACUUGAAUAAGAUUAUAUGAACAUGCUUAUUACAGGUGAAAUCCAAAACUUAGAAUGGAAACUAUCGAAGUCAUCUCAACCGACAAAGCUACAGUUGUCAUCCAAGUGAAUCCACAGGCGGAUCAAGACAGCACUGUUUUUGUUGAUGGACAGAAGGCCAGAGGAACAAGUCACAAUGCGGCUUUUGAAGUAUUUUUCAAAGCACAACCAAAGGCAUUAGGGACUGUCCAGAUAAUGAUUGGAGUGGUGAUCUUCUUUAUUGGUAUUAUUUUCACCAUCAGUUACCCUGCUAUUGUUGUCUUCAGUGGAAUAACCUACUGGGGAUUUUUCAUCUACAUCAGUGCUGGAUCUCUGUCUGUUGCUGCACAGAAUAAACUCAAUCUGUGUGUGGUGAAAGCCUCUCUUGUAAUGAAUGUGAUCAGUGCUAUAACUGCAGGACUCGCCAUUCUUCUGCUGUCCAUAGAAUUAAUAGUGAUGCAUCCAUGGUUUUAUCCUGAGAGUCAUCAGAGAGACCAGCACAGUGAUUGA